AAGAGCAAAAGAAUGAAGUGUUUUUUAUGUACACUGCUGCUGUUGCAAAACUUUGUGUUUCUUGUACAGCAGCAGGUAAAUGGAGGACUCGCUGAGAAUGAGAUCCGGCAACAGCUCAUCAAUGAGGACAGAAGACCAAAUCUGAUAGCUGAAGCUUCAACUGACAGCCAACAAUACUGCCAUGUGUGCUUCUCUGACAUUCAUGCAUCACUGAGAGAGUUGACCACCACCGUUACAGAGCAGAAAGCCAACAUCAGAGUCUUAGAGACGCAACUGAGGGAACAACAGAUGUUUAUCCUGGAAGAACUGAACAAAAAGAAUGAUGCUUUAGAGACACAACUGAGGGAACAACAGACGUUUAUCCUGGAAGAACUGAACAAAAAAAAUAAUGCCUUAGAGACGCAACUGAAGGAACAACAGAUUUUCAUCCUGGAAGAGCUGAAGAAGAGUAUUGAUGAAAUGUCAAAUCUUACUCAGAGUCAAGUGGAGGAGUUGAAAAAGGAAAAUAGAGACAGAGAGAUAGCGUUUUCAGCUUCACUAUUGGAACCUGGAAACAGUGGAAAUGUCGGUCCUUUUACUACUGAUAUCACACUAACCUACAGGAACGUCUUCACAAACAUAGGAAAUGCCUACAACCCAAUUACAGGUAUUUUCACAGCACCACUGAAAGGAGCGUACAUGUUCAGAAUCUCGGUCUAUGCUAAUACUGCUCUAUCAAAUCCAUCAACCAUUUACCUUAUGAAGAAUGGAGAGCAUGUGGUUGUGGCACAUGGACAUCAGGAUCAGGGUGUCUUAAACUCCUCGAAUGGAGCUGUGUUGAUCCUGGAGGUUGGAGAUGUCGUCUAUGUGAGUCUUUGGUCUGGCAGGAGAAUAUAUGAUGAUGACAAUAACCACAGCACAUUCAGCGGUUACCUGCUGUUUCCCUUAAAAGAACAGGAGCUUUGCAGAAUGUGAUUAUUCUGAACCUCUGGCACACGAUUUUUGAGACAAAAAUCAUGAAGAAUCAUUAACAUGAAACUGUAUUAAUGAGAAGUAUUGUGUUUGAUCUUUACACAAGAAUCUAUUGCAAAUUUCAGUGUAAGACAUUUAUACUCUAGUUCUAAGCUGCCUAUACAUGUAAUUUUGCCUAAGAAGUUAAGUUGGCCUUAAUCUUUUGACAUACAAGAGGUCUUUGUACCAUUAAAGCAUUCUGAAAAUUUAAUAGCUUAAAUGGGUCAUAUGAUGUUACUAAAAAUAAUUUUAUUUGGUAUAAUGAAAUGUUUAUGUGGUUUAAGGUAAAAAAAUAAAUUCUGAUUUAAAAUAUUUAGCUAUUUAUUUGAUGUGACAUUACAGACCAAGUUGUUUUAAGUAUUAGUAAAAAUGUCAACAAAUUUAAACUUUGCCUAACAAAAAAAUAAUGGAUAAUUGUGAGACUUUAUAUGAAAAUAAAAGACAGAAUAAGGGGUACUGUAGAUCUACCACAUCCUCUACAAUAUUUCCAUUGUCUGUGGUUAAGUAUAUGUAUUAAAAGGUGUAUAAAAAGUU